GCGGUGUGUGUCACGGUGUCUGUCGGUGUCGGAGAUCGGUGGACGUCCAGGCCGGCGUGCAGAGUUGCCGACAGCCAUGUCCGCUGAGCGGACUGCCCAGUAUGUGUUGUACCACCAGCGAACCAGCCGUAAUGUGUCCGACGCCCUGUGCGGGUCACGUGAGAAUGAGAUACCCCUCGAGGAACAGACGACCAGUCCAGAUGGUGCGGCCGCCGCCGGCUCGGCUGGUCUCUCGUUCGGCGAGAGGGAGCCCAGAGCUCGACGAUCCCGUCCCAACGGGGAGAGACUCGGACGCAGCCGCGAGGAGCUCGACACACGGGACGACCAGGAUCUUCGUGUGACGGCCAGUCCGAUGGCACGUGCCGGGCCCGUCCCCGACAGGGAUGCCUGGAGGGAGAACCGCCGCCUCCACCAGAGCAGUCAGAUUCUGCUGGCGUUCGGCAGCUCAUCACCCCGCUGGGAGAACUCGGCAGACAUGGGGCGCAGAUGUACGUCCAGCUCUCAGCUCGACGCGGCCGGUCAGCGCACACCGAUCGACGGUAAGGCGUCGCCGUCCGGCCACGCCGGCUCGUCUCCGCUGCCGCUGCUGCUGCCGUCCGCCGCCGCAUCAGCAUCCGCUCUGUCCGCACGGGAGGAGCCGUCCGCCCGGCGGCACCGGUCCGACCUGACGCCGACCGCGCCGCCUGGCCACUCGUUCCGGGACCCGCCGCCGGCGCGACACCGCUCGCCAGGUAAAGCGGUCUCUCUGAGCCGGCUGGACGUGCUGUCGCGGCCGCGGCGGCCGCUGGCCAGCCGCCCUGACCUGCUGCAUGUGUCGCCGGCGCCGGCCGCCGGCCGUCAGUGGCAGAGCAUGUGGCACCUGGGACCGGUGGCGGCGCCGCGACCUACGCGAGCCACCCUGCUGAGACGAGCCGCCCGACAGUCGCCCACGCACCAGCCAGGUAUCGUGGCCGGCGCUCCAGCCGGCUCCCGACCUCCCUCGGCCCAGUCCCAGCAGGCCGGGCCGGCGGCAGCGGCCGGUGGAGCGCGGCCGUCACCCCUGCGGCCCAGGAGCGGCGGGCGCAAACCGCGGCCUUCCAGUAUCGCCGGUCUGCCCACACCGCGGCAUGGCUCCGAGCCCGGCACACAGCACACGGCUGAAGGCCGGGGCUCGAGUCGCAGCGGCAGCUCGUCCACUCCUCGUCGCCCUCUGCCCGCCAGCGCCCCCACCAGUGAGGCCCGCCGGCCAGCCGCCGCAGCAGUGUCCUCUCCACGGCGUACUCCCGCUCAGGUCAAGGCCGAUGACGCCCGCAAAAAGAAGCAGCGGUCCAAGUCGAGCACACCCCAGCCGGAAUCACGGACCGGCCUGCAGCCGACCUCAGAGUCCGGAGGCUCAGAGCCCAGGUCCAGUCCAGCGCCGUCCAGCAGUAGUGCAGAGGGCAGCACCGGGCAUCCGCGAGGUGGCAGCACUGAGCCGCCGGCCGUCACAUCGCAGCCGGAGGUUACAGCGGAGUCAGAGCAGACAGAGCAGGCCGACGGCAGAACGACGAGCCGUAAGGCGGGCUACGACAGCGAGGCCGCCGCCCGGGCCGCCCUGGCCGAGAAGAGGCGCAGAGUACGAGAGGAGGCCGAGCGGCAGGCAGAGCAGGAGCGACUGAGGAGGGAGGAGGAGGAGCGGCAGGAGCAGGAGCGGCUCCGUCAGGAGGAGCUGCUGAUGGAGGAGGCGGCCCGCGCCGAGCAGGAGCGGCUCCAGAAAGCCAUUCAGGAGGCCGAGGAGCGCCGUGCUGAGGAGGAGCGUCGCCGCGAGGAAGAAGAGCGGCAGCGGCAGCAGAGAGAGCAGGAGGAGGAGGAGGCGCGACGAGAGGCCGAGCGCGCCAGGAUCGCCGCCGCCGAGAAACUGCAGAGGGAGGAGCAGGAGAGGAAAGAGCGACGGAGCAGGGUGGCCGCCAUCAUGAGUCGGACCAGGGCGGCCAACGCCGCUGCCGGCGGUACGGCAGAUAAGACGGCUGAUUCAUCGGAGGAGGAACAGACGGGCUCGGGUGCGCCACAACCGUCGGAGGACAGGUCGGCCGUACAGCCCCCGGCGUCGGAUGGACAGUCUCGAGAUGACAGCUCUCUGGAGUCGCACAACUCGGACGGAAACCCGACCCGGGCGGAGGGAACUCCGACUGCGGCCGUGGAUCAGGAGCAGGCUGAUCGAGCUCAGGACUCACAACUCGACCAGAUCGACCAGCGAUCCGACCAUUUCGACCAGAGGUCCGACCAUUUCGAUCAGAGGUCCGACCAGGCCGACCAGAGGUCAGACCAGGCCGACCAGCGGUCAGACCAUUUCGACCAGAGGUCCGACCAGGCCGACCGCAGCCUGCAGUCCGAGCAAAUGUCCGAUCGGAACCCGGGUCUAAAGUCGGACGACGAGUCGGAUCACGAUGUGGAUCCGCAGGUGCCCAUGUCGACCGAUUCCAGCCCGGCUCACACCAACGGGAACCUGAACACGGCGGGCAUCAACGGCCUGGACAACUCGGCCCACCCGGACCCGGCCUCCGACGGCUCCGGCGCACAGCAGAACGGGGGUUUCGCUGCACUGCACGCCCUGGUGAUGAAGCCCGCGGCCACCAGUGAUGACGAGGAUUCCAUCAACUCCAACGUGUCCCCACGACCGGGCACGGCUCAGGAGCAGGACCCGUUCUCUCUCGGCCUGACGGGGACCGGCACAGUCAGUCAGGAGCUGCCGCGUCCCGUCCAUACCUCCGGUUCCCGAACGCUCAUACAGCGAGUCAUUGACUACAUCAAGAACGAGCCCGCGCAGCC